AUGGAUAAUUUUAAUACAUCCAUUGUGCCUUAUCAUGAUCCUUUUGAUGAUAACAUUCUUACUGGACUUUCUCUUUCACUCUUUGAUGAUGAAAACCCAACCAUAGAUGACGACAACAACUACCAAGGACCCAUUUAUGAAAAUUACCCAACCAUUGUACAAGGACCCAUUUAUGAAAAUACAACAAAUUUGAAUUCUGAUGGUUUACGUGUCCCUGACUAUGAUUCAUACUCUGAUUCAUUUUUGCUUGAAAUUUCAUUCGAAAGUGGGAAUCGAUUUGUUGGGAAUAGUACCAAUUCAGAGGGUGAAGUUCCGGGGAAGAAUAAUUGCCAAAUUCUAAGAGAAAUAACUCAUGGCAAUGAUGAUGUUCAAACGGAACAGGCAAACGAAAAUGAGGGCACUAGCAGUGGCGUGAAUCGUGGAAAGAUCUCUCUUUCAGAACAGAGGAGAAGAACUAAACUGAUGAACGUGAAAGACUUUGAAGACUAUCUUCAUCUUUCCAUUCAGGAAGCAGGUAUCAAAUUGAACGUAUGUCCUACUGUGAUGAAAAGGGUUUGCCGAAGGGAUGGCUUGCGCAGAUGGCCCUCCAGAAAGAUUAAUAGCAUUAAGAGGAAGAUAUCAAAGCGACAAGAGAGUUUAAGCUCUAUUCAUGCUGGAGAAAGGAAGAGUGCAAAAGCUGACAUAACGAAGCUGGAAAAGGAACUUGCAGACAUUUUUGAAACCAUACAAUGA